CGAUAAAGUUGAAGUGGGAUCUCUCUACGCGUAUGUAAUCCGUACAGAAGUAUUAAAACGCGUCUCAAUCAAUCUCCCCCGCCCAGCCCGCCGAGCUCAUAACAGAGUAUUCUCUUCACACCACUAUCUACAGCCAUGCCUCCACAAACCCAGACCCAAAGACGGCGGAAGACAGGUAAUACCGAUAAUGCCAACGAAGCCCGACGGCGUCGCCAAUCACGACACAAGCAUGAAUCGGACGAUUCCGAAUCCGAAUCCGAAGAUCAAGAUGGCGAUGUCGAUAUGGAGAAGACGGGUGACGGUACAGAAGACCAGCUAGUCAAGAAGCUGGUUCGAUACGCCCUAGCAUGUGAAUAUGCGAGGAUACCUAUUAAGCGAGACGGCAUUCGAGACAAAGUUUUGGGAAGCAAUACAAGAUCGUUUAAGCGUGUGUUUGAGGGGGCCCAAGCUCAGCUUCAACAAGUUUUUGGCAUGGAGAUGGUGGAAUUGCCCGUCAAGGAGAAGCGUACGCUAAAGGAGAAGCAGAGGGCGAACGCUAGAAAAGCAGCCUCCCAAAGCACCGCAUCCUCCAGACAAUACAUAUUGGUCUCGACCCUGCCACCAGAAUACAAAUCGCAGUCCAUCAUCGCCCCGUCACGAAUACCGAGCGCAUCCGAAGAAGCUGCAUACGUCGGGUUCUACACUAUGGUCAUCUCGUUGAUCGUCCUCAACGGAGGAGAACUGAGCGACACAAAGCUACGACGAUACUUGACUCGCCUGAAUGCCAGCCAGAACUUGCCUAUGGACAAGACCGACAACGUGCUACAGAAGAUUGUGAGGCAGGGCUACGUCGAUAAGGUAGUGGAGAAGAGCGACGGCGACGAGGAUGCCGUGACUUGGUGUAUCGGAUCCCGGGGAAGAGUCGAGGUUCCGCCUGAAAGUAUUGCUGCUGUGAUCAUAGAAGUCUGGGGCGAGCUUCCGGAUGAUUUCCACACGAAAUUGCAGAGGAGCUUGGGAAUACAAGAACCUCAACAAGGUUAUAACGAAAGUACUAUUCUCGAGGAAUGAGAAAUGAGAAAUGAGGAAUGAGGAAUGGGGAAUGGGGAUUUAGAGGCGCUGUUAGUUUAGAGCCCAAUGUACUUGACGAUACCCCGUAAUGAAACCACAUUUUACAUAAAAUUAUUCCUGAUAUGACCACUGUAGGCAUCAGAUCCCAAAUGCAAUGCCUUAUACGUA